AUGCCCCAGCAGCACAUGGUUGUGGCCACGAAUUUUGCUAUGCUGAGAAAGUAGUUUUUCAGUUUGAAGAAAUCACACUGUACAUUUUUUGUCAAAUGUAUCUAAAGUUUGGUGUCGAUCUGUCUUCUCGCAGGGAUAAAGUUGUGCUAAAACGUUGUACAACACAGUUCUGUUUCUGUGUUUGAUUGUACUGUCCAUUUACACAAUCUCGCGCCAAAUUCUCGGAAGAGGGAAGACCAGAGAGACCCUAGUUUCGCGGGCUGAAGCUAAGCUCCGGUCACAGUUUUGAUUGACAGGAAUUACAGCCCAUCAGAGAUAAACUCAGAAUGGUAAUAGCCAAUAGCGGAAAGAAGGCGGCAAAAUACGCUGUUGAAGAUUCUUAUUGAGUCCCCUAAAAGCUGUCUACAGAGGAGUUGUGAAUUUGACCAAGAAGUAGUAUAGGAUUACGUUUGACCGUUUAGUAAACGUCAUUUAAUUAUUUGCAUUUGGAAGUAAAAACAGGUAAUGUAAUGUUUAUUUGGCAUUUUGAAAGUGGCUAGUUAACUUGGCACAGUGAAUGCCUCAUUCUAACCAGCUAGCUACUGUAACGUUAGCUAACUUUCUGGGAGUGAAUUCAAAAUAUUCUUAUUUCGCAUGCUAAGUUAACUCACUAGGUAUAAAUGUCAUCAAUGUAACGUUCAUCGUUCCUUUGGUUAAUUAGCAACUCCAACGUAUUAGUUGACGUUGUAGCUAACGGUAACUAGCUAGUUAGGCUAAUGUAACGUGGUGUGCUGUCAAUGUCGAUUAACGUUACUACCACAGACUACUGGAUUUGUUACUAUGGUGGAUGUGUGGGUGUUAACUCUAGUUAGUUUCAACAUUUCAAUGGCUACCCAUUUACAUUAGCUAACGUUAGUAUGACUAGUUAAUUCUGACUUACUAAGAUGGCUACUUAAUGUUAGCUAUUGCAAAAGUGUUUGUUUACGACGGUUAUUAAUAUUACUUGUUAAUUUGAUGUUAAUUACUUGUCCACCAGCCGAGAACAAAAUAGCGCGCUUUUUUGAAGCAUAGCUAGCUAACGUUAACUAUUACAUUAACCAGGGAAUUUGAGAUAUUCAAUUGAAAUAGCUAGCUACUUGUCAAUUGUUCCACAAUAUUGUUUAAUGAUUCGUUUGUGUAUCUAGCUAGCCAGCCAACAUUAGCAAGUCAAAGUAAACUGGUGAAGUAGUAGUUACUGCCACAACAAUGUGUACCCCAUCCCAGAACCAGCUGACCCGAGGAAACCCAGACAACUAGCCUCCUCCCAGCUGAACACAGUUUCGCUAGCUAAUGUAAAAUUAAACGAACGUUAUAUAUAUAUAUAUAUCUCAUACUGUCUACAUAGCAAUUAUAUUCAAGUUUCGAGACGGUAAAACGUGUUGAAACAGUGCGCUUGAAACAUUGUCAGGAAGCGAAGCCACGUUGUUUGAUACAAGCGCUGCCUUCGCGCCAGGAUGGGGUCGCAAUAGCUGCAUUUAAAAGUGGUAGGAGUGGCUUACUAACCCAGUUUCCCGCACUGUUAAAAUCAGCAUGGCAUGUUUGUUGAAUGUUGUUUCCUGGUCAUUGUGAAUGGAAUUUGAAAUGAUUUGGGGAAGUAUUUAUUCAAGGACAUAAUGAAUGAUUGAUUCACUUGAUCAAUAGUUGGCACAGUAAUACUCAAAGGAAAGGAAAAACAUUGAAUGAUGCUGCUUUUUCAACUCCUGUUUCAGAUGAUGCCAUUAACCCACAGUUUGGCUCCCUUUUGCACAGGGCAGCUGCAAUGUGGAUUCAAGUGCGCACCAUGGAUGGCAAGGAGACCCAUCGGAUUGACUCCCUGUCUAAACUUACCAAGGUGGACGAGCUGCGCCUCAAGAUCUCGGAACUCUUUAAGGUUGACCCAGAGAGGCAGAGGCUUUUCUACCGGGGAAAGCAGGUGGGGCAGAUGGAUACUUUUCUGUUCAAUUCAGUUACAACAGUGUUGCUGGGGUCCUUACUAAUCAUGUCUGAAUUAAUAUGUUCUGUUUCUGGUCCCAGAUGGAGGAUGGCCACACCAUCUUUGACUACAACGUGGGUCUGAACGACAUAGUGCAGCUGCUUGUUAGACAGGCUGCGCCCCCUGCUGCUGUCCUCAAAAGCAAGGACAAAGAGGCUGAGCUGUCUGACUCUGACUCUGGGUGUGGCUCGGCGCAGAGUGAGUCGGACAAGAGCUCCACCCACGGGGAGGCCGAGGUGCAGGCAGCUUGCACCUCCACCCAAACCGACACGCCAGACCUUGUCGACGCCGGCUUUGGCUGUUACAAGGUAAACACAGGGCGGAUCUCUAAAUGGACUAGUAUUUGCUGGACUGGUAUCAUUUGGAGGGGUGAAAUGAUGCUUUUAACUUAAUCUAAAAUGGCAUUUGCUUUAAUAUUUUGGGCUUCUUGAAUUGGGGUUGAAAUAUAAUAGAAGCCAAUCUUAAUUUGAAGUUUGCAAAACACAAGUUUAUAAUGUGUGAAUUCAGCAUUGUCAAUAUCAACUUUUUGUAUUCCCUCCUCCCCCAGAUUAAUGAGUUUGUUGAUGCCAGAGACUUGAACAUGGGAGCCUGGUUUGAGGCCCAAAUUGUGAACGUUACAAAGACAUCUGGAGAGGAGGGCUCUGACGCUAAACCCAGUGAAGAGGAAGUUAUUCACUACCACGUCAAAUAUGAAGAGUAAGCACUCUCAAGUAUUUCAUAUUUAAAUAUCGGAUGAUUGGAUGGAUAUGUUAUGCCUCAUUGGCAACGGUGAUGGUUACCCUCAGCAAACAUGUAUAGAAAACAGAUGUGUUCAUGUGGAGCUUAUUGCCAUUUAGCAAAGAGGUGGACCAAUGGGGAGAUUGAUUGGUUAUGUCCCAAUUAUCUCUCUUUCCUCCGAAAAGGUGCACUUGUUAACUUCCCUUUACUGAUUUUUUUAAAGGAAAUGACUGGUAUAAGAAAUAUUGUGGAACUCUCACUAGCCCAGGUCUCCACCCAUCUAAUAAUGCUUUUAGAUUUGUGGAAAGUAGUGAACUAGUGCACACUUCACAGGGCUCGACAUAAACUCUUGUCCAGGACAUAAAAAUAAAAAAAAUAGUUGGAUAAGAAGAAUAUAUCAUUUAGAUUUAAGUUGUACGAAUGGACAAGUAUUUUUUUUUUACAAAAGCACAAUAUCAAACAAUUACUUAGAUCACCGUUGGCUCUCUGAUCCAAUUCUGGAAUAAUAUUCAAAUCUAUUUUUUAUGUAGGCCUACAUAAAUAAAAUAAAAAGCCUACGUGUCAAAGUGUAGGUGAUAUCCAUAUUGGCUACAGCCUCAUCUCCAAACCGAUGCUGACAUGAGGCGCUAGAAAAUGUAGCCAAACUUUAAUGAGACUUUUAAUUACACAAAUAGGCCUAUAGGCUAAACGCCAGUCAUGUUUCACAAAUCUAAUGAAGGAUAAUUAAUAUUAACGUCUAAAGGCUUGAUUCUGUCGACAUACGAGGCACGGUUCAUUCAGAUUAAAUGAACAGCACAUCACCCACCCUGAAUCUGAGCAGAGGCGGUCAGCAUUUUGAAAUUAUUAAUUGUUUGAAUUUAAUUGUCAUUUUAUAAAGCAAGUCUAACCUAGUUUCAAAGUAGCCUAGUCAAAAUACGACUAUAGAAGUGUUGAGUGAAUUAUUUUAUUAACACUUAAUGUGCCAUUGAAACCAGCAUUUCUCAUGUUCUAUUGGUUUGCAAAUCAACUUUAUUUGAUUGUCCAGCAGCCAAAGACAUAACCCUAGUUAUAAUAGUAACCCAUGCUAGUGGAUGCAUCAUUAGGUCUCCCCUCUUAAUUUCUAACAAAUAUUUUCAUCUGUCACAUGAAACCGCUGGCGCGUGCAGUGUGCUUUUGAGAACCAUGGUUUCCGCUAAUUGCAUUUUGGAACUUUCACACAGCCAACAGCCAUGUGCGCAUUGUUGAGCUUAUAAUAUGAAGAAAUACAACUUUAUCAACAUUUUAAAGAUAAACGGUCUGAUCUGUUGUCAGCCUCAUUGUAUGGUAAAAAACAACAAACCAAAAAAAUUAUUAUUUUAUCCUUUAUUUAACUAGGCAAGCCAGUUAAGAACAAAUUCUUAUUUACAAUGACGGCCUACACCGGCCAAACCCGGACGACGCUGGGCCAAUUGUGCGCCGCCCUAUGGGACUCAAUCACGGCCGGUUGUGAUACAGCCUGAAAUCGAACCAGGGUGUCUAGUGACGCCUCAAGCACUGAGAUGCAAUUUGUAAGUCGCUCUGGAUAAGCGCUUCUGCUAAAUGACGUAAAUGUAUGCAGUGCCUUAGACGCUGCGCCACUCGGGAGCCCUAUGUGCAGUGGUUGUAUGAAUUUUGGAUCUGUUGUCCCAGAGUUUGUUUUGAACCGUAGACAUAUUGUUUUUUUAUCGUCCCAGGGACGACGGGACACACUUAAUUUCGUGCCCUGGAGGGAAUUAUUUUAUAAAGACAUAAGAAGUAUUUGGUUGUAAUGUUGCAGUAUUUUAUAGGCUACCAAGGGUGGCCAACCAUCCUUAAGGGGGCAGUGUUGUAUUUUGAAACAUGCUUGAAAUAUGAAUAUGUAAAGAAGCCAAUAGGAAGGGUGUAGCCUAAACGUUUUUCUGAUUCUCUAUGGUAAAAAAUAUAGUAAUGCAUUUUAUUUUGUAAAGUGGUUCCUUGCAUCAUACAAUGGUGUAAAAAUGGUGUUACAGAUCUUUUUUUAUUUCAUUUCUUUGGCCAAGUAAAAAAAAAAAAAAAACUUGUCCUACUUGUCCAAAGGACUAGUGGCAAAAAAAGUUAAUGUCAAGCCCUGCUUCAGGAGAUAUUAUUGGGGCGCACCCAUUGCUUUUUGACAACAGGCUGUCAAUACCACAGAGUACCACUCUGUUUCCGUAUCUGUGGCAGAACACCUUGUUCAUUUCCUCAUACUUUUAAAUGAAGUGGGGCUUCAACAUUCAUGUCUUUCCUGAUAAGUCUAUGCAAAAAAUUCAUAACACGACAAUUGGCAAGUAAAUUAAAAAUAUUUGUGCUUGAUCAUUUGUACAUUGCCUUGCCACAUUGUUUUGCCUGCCAGUGUGUAAAAACCGGAGGAACAUUGAAAUGAAUGAUUUGUAUUACUCAGAUGUGCCUCCAGCAGUCAAGUCCCUCAGAAUUCAUACACUUCUUUGAGCUGCUUCUGUUUUUUCAGAUAUGUCAAUCAUCUUACAAAAGCCCCAUUAUGUAGGAUGCACCUGCCGUGUGCAUCUGAGCUGAAUACUGCAUCUGCGUCUGUGUGGUCUCUCUAGCUACCCAGAGAAUGGCGUGGUGCAGCUGCAUUCCAAGGAUGUGCGCCCUCGUGCCCGCACCGUCUACCAGUGGCACCAGCUGGAGGCUGGCAUGGUGGUCAUGGUCAACUUUAACCCCGACGAACCCAAGGAGCGCGGCUACUGGUACGACGCCCAGAUCCAGAAGAAGAGGGAGACGCGUACCCUGCACGAGAUCUACGCCAAGAUACUGCUCGGGUAAUAAUUGAUCCUGUUCGUCUAUAUGGAUUAACUGUAAGUCGCUCUGGAUAAGAGCGUCUGCUAAAUGACUAAAAUGUAAUAGAUGGAUAGAUAGCCCUGUGUAGCUCAGUUGGUAGAGCAAGGCGUUUGCAACGCCAGGGCUGUGGGUUCGUUUCCCACGGGGGGCCAAUAUGAAAAAUGUAUGCACUCACUAACUGUAAGUUGCUCUGGAUAAGCGCGUCUGCUAAAUGACAAACAUUUUAAAUGUAUGUAUGUAUAUGUGUAUAUAUAUAUAUAUAUAUAUAUAUAUAUAUAUAUAUAUAUAUAUAUAUAUAUAUAUAUAUAUAUAUAUAUAUAUACAGUAUAGAUUGCACUUUUGUAUUAUGUUGAUGUCAUAGUUUUCCAUUGGCCAUGUAUAGCAUUUUGUUUGCACAGUAGGACCAUGAAUGGUAUCCUAAGUGCUUGUGUUUUAUUUCAGGGAUGCCGGUGACUCCCUGAACGACUGUCGCAUCAUGUUCUUGACUGAGAUUUACAAAAUCGAGGAGCCUGGCGCUUUGGAUGGAUCUGGAGCGGGAUCUGACAGUCCACUGAAAAGUAAAUUGGAGCCUACAAGUGACCUACCUGAAUUUGUCUAAAUUUGUUUUCGUUGCAAAAUGUUUUCCGUUUGGAGUAAACUGUGUUAGUUGCAUAACGUUUUGCUACAGUGUCAAAUGUUUUGCACCAGAAUCUGACUGAAUACACCCCUGAUUAGCUUUUGAGGAGACUGAAACCGCGUACACAGUAGGCUAGUUAUUGGAUUAGGUUUAUCAGAAACACAUGUUAGCAAUCUCACUAAUAUCAAGGCAAAUUAUUUGUAUUUUUUUUGUCAUUGAACUGUUGACCAAUAAGUAUCUAAAGAGUACUUUUAAAGUACCAAGAACACAUUUUAUACACUUUUACGUAAAUAAUUGACUUGCGCUCAAUAUACCGUUGCAGACAGUGAUGCUCCAUUUGUUUCUAUUUCAUCACAUAAGGCCUAUGUGUUUAGUCUCUGUUCUCAUGUAGCGUCAGUGCAUUUAUCAGCCUGGUUUUCAUGAAGGAUGAGAGUGCAUGUAAAACACAUGCAAAGUUGCAAACCGUUUGGAGGUUGAAAGCAGGCUAUAGUUCAACGUUGGCGGCAGAUGUUAGAAAACGACCAACACGUACCAGAGAAACUGGGAUUAAUCUUGACUAGCUUCACGAUGCAGGACGAGAAUAAUUGUUAGUUACGAUGGCUGCACAAAUCAAAUUUAACUUUGACAGUCUUACACUUUUUUUUUGUGCUGACUGAGCAUAUUUAGUUUGUUUGUUUGCAUUCAUCCAAUACAUUGGUUGUAACUGAAAUUUCCAGGUGAACCAAAAAGGAGAGCAGUCAUUGAUAAUAUCAAAGAUGAACACAGUUUAAUACAAUAAUUUAGGGAAAUCCCUUCAGAACAGAACAACUUGUUCCCGGAGAGCUACCGUCCUGUAGGUUUUCACUCCAGCCCUGUUUCUGGAGAGCUACCAUCCUGUAGGUUUUCACUCCAACCAUGAUCCUGGAGGAACAGGGUUGGAGAGGCCUGGUCUAAUCAUGCAGUACCAAAUGUUCUCUAAACAUCAGCCUGAGAGGCUUGUACAAAGUCAAAACAAUAGACGGUGACUUUGCCAACUGCUACAGAAUCAGUGUUCAUAAUGUCAAUCACUAUCAAAUGAUAUGAGAAGAACUCAUAACAUUCAGUAUCAAGUGUAGUGACCAUCAACCCCUACACCAAUCAGUGUCACAAAGAGAACACUGGAAAUCAUGUGUGUUGCAGAAAGGGAAAACAUAUGCUAAGCAUUGUGUGAAUUACUGUUAACUGAAUAUUAAUUCAUCUUAAAUAUUCCCAUUACACAUGCAUCUCCCACUGUAGGGGUUACGGUACACAUGUUAACGUUUACAAGUCAAAGGGCUGACAUUGUCUUUGCUCCUGUUUUCUCUAGGGUCAAACGGACCCGAGUGCAAACACUGCAAAGACGACCUCAAGAAGAACUGCCGCUGGUGCAAUUGCCACGUGUGCGGCGUGAAGCAGGACCCGGACAAGCAGCUGCUGUGUGAUGAGUGUGACAUGGCCUUCCAUAUCUACUGCCUCAACCCCCCGCUGACCAGCCUCCCCGAUGACGACGACUGGUCAGUAUACUACAGUACUGAUGUCUGGGCUGGCAGUCUGUCCGUCUGGCCGGUGCCCUCUUUUAUAGCUGCUUAUGUGACUUGUCUUAUUCAUGCCAUUGAUUCAGAUGGCACUUGAAGAAUGUUUCUAAUUGGAGUUUGCCGUGACUUCAAGCUGUUUUGAUUUGGCCAUUUUGAAUUGAGCAUUAUUCAUUUGAGUUUAUUUUUUUAUCGUGAGUGCAAGUUAAUGGUGUACUGUCCAAAUUACUUGAAAAAAAAAAAACGUUUCCGAUCUCUGCACAGAGAACACCCACGGGUGCUGUCCUGUUGAUCCCUGCUUGCUCUAACCUCUGUAUUUAUCUAGGUAUUGUCCCGAGUGCCGCAACGAUGCCAGUGAGGUGGUGCUAGCAGGAGAAAAACUCAAGGACAGUAAGAAAAAAUCCAAGAUGGCGUCCGCCAGCUCAACCAGCCAGAGAGACUGGGGAAAGGUAAUAGCGUUGAGGAACGUUGAUGGGUGGAUCCACCUCUUAGUGAAAUAGCAUAGGUGUAAUGAAGGGUGCUUUGACAUUAUACACCCAGUCACCCUUCUGAACUUUUAAAUGGAUUUGUUGUUAGUUUAGUAAACUGUGUAUACCUACGUGUUUUUACACAACCUCUUCUCCUAUCAGGGCAUGGCUUGUGUCGGCCGCAGCAAGCAGUGCACCAUCGUGCCCUCCAACCACUAUGGCCCAGUCCCUGGUGUCCCCGUUGGAAGUAUUUGGAAGUUCAGGGUCCAGGUGAGUCACCUCUUCUGUUUACAACAGGCUGAAGAGGAAAGCCAUAACUGCAGUAUUUUUUUGCAUAAUAUACCCCAAAACAUUGUCAUUUUUAAUUUGACAAUGUCAAAACAAGUCUUGUGGGUGGCUAAUGUGGAUUUGAUUGAAUGAACCCCUUAGUUUUUGUAGUGAUGACUGUAGGUCCUGGUAGGUUGUUCACUGUUUUGUGUGUGCAGGUGAGUGAGUCUGGUUGCCACAGGCCACAUGUUGCUGGGAUCCAUGGGAGGAGCAACGAUGGAUCUUACUCCCUAGUUCUGGCAGGGGGCUAUGAAGAUGACCAAGUACAUAGAACCUCUUCCAUUUUUCCUUUACUACAUGUGCCCAUAAUGUACAUCAUAAAAAAACAUGUAAAUGGAAGAAUAAGUCUGACAAGAUUUAACGGCAUGUUGUGAACACCUUAAGGAUGAGAAGUCACUGUGCUAAUUCUGGUUUUCAAUUGGUUCCCAGGAUGAUGGCAACGAGUUCACCUACACCGGCUCAGGAGGGCGAGACCUGUCUGGCAACAAGAGGACAGCCGAACAGUCGUGUGAUCAGAAGCUCACCAAUAUGAACAGGUAAGUGAGCAAAAGGAAUCAGUCUCUGCACAGAGGACAUCCACGGGUGCUGGUGUACAGUGGGGAAAAAAAAGUAUUUAGUCAGCCACCAAUUGUGCAAGUUCUCCCACUUAAAAAGAUGAGAGAGGCCUGUAAUUUUCAUCAUAGGUACACGUCAACUAUGACAGACAAAUUGAGAAUUUUUUUCUCCUGAAAAUCACAUUGUAGGAUUUUUUAGGAAUUUAUUUGCAAAUUAUGGUGGAAAAUAAGUAUUUGGUCACCUACAAACAAGCAAGAUUUCUGGCUCUCACAGACCUGUAACUUCUUCUUUAAGAGGCUCCUCUGUCCUCCACUCGUUACCGGUAUUAAUGGCACCUGUUUGAACUUGUUAUCAGUAUAAAAGACACCUUUCCACAACCUCAAACAGUCACACUCCAAACUCCACUAUGGCCAAGACCAGAGAGCUGUCAAAGGACACCAGAAACAAAAUUGUAGACCUGCACCAGGCUGGGAAGACUGAAUCUGCAAUAGGUAAGCAGCUUGGUUUGAAGAAAUCAACUGUGGGAGCAAUUAUUAGGAAAUGGAAGACAUACAAGACCACUGAUAAUCUCCCUCGAUCUGGGGCUCCACGCAAGAUCUCACCCCGUGGGGUCAAAAUGAUCACAAGAACGGUGAGCAAAAAUCCCAGAACCACACGGGGGGACCUAGUGAAUGACCUGCAGAGAGCUGGGACCAAAGUAACAGCCUACCAUCAGUAACACACUACGCCGCCAGGGACUCAAAUCCUGCAGUGCCAGACGUGUCCCCCUGCUUAAGCCAGUACAUGUCCAGGCCCGUCUGAAGUUUGCUAGAGUGCAUUUGGAUGAUCCAGAAGAGGAUUGGGAGAAUGUCAGAUGAAACCAAAAUAGAACUUUUUGGUAAAAACUCAACUCGUCGUGUUUGGAGGACAAAGAAUGCUGAGUUGCAUCCAAAGAACACCAUACCUACUGUGAAGCAUGGGGGUGGAAACAUCAUGCUUUGGGGCUGUUUUUCUGCAAAGGGACCAGGACGACUGAUCCGUGUAAAGAAAAGAAUGAAUGGGGCCAUGUAUCGUGAGAUUUUGAGUGAAAACCUCCUUCCAUCAGCAAGGGCAUUGAAGAUGAAACGUGGCUGGGUCUUUCAGCAUGACAAUGAUCCCAAACACACCGCCCGGGCAAUGAAGGAGUGGCUUCGUAAGAAGCAUUUCAAGGUCCUGGAGUGGCCUAGCCAGUCUCCAGAUCUCAACCCCAUAGAAAAUCUUUGGAGGGAGUUGAAAGUCCGUGUUGCCCAGCGACAGCCCCAAAACAUCACUGCUCUAGAGGAGAUCUGCAUGGAGGAAUGGGCCAAAAUACCAGCAACAGUGUGUAAAAUUCUUGUGAAGACUUACAGAAAACGUUUGACCUGUGUCAUUGCCAACAAAGGGUAUAUAACAAAGUAUUGAGAAACUUAUGUUAUUGACCAAAUACUUAUUUUCCACCAUAAUUUGCAAAUAAAUUCAUUAAAAAUCCUACAAUGUGAUCUUCUGGAUUUUUUUUCUUCUCAUUUUGUCUGUCAUAGUUGACGUGUACCUAUGAUGAAAAUUACAGGCCUCAUCUUUUUAAGUGGGAGAACUUGCACAAUUGGUGGCUGACUAAAUACUUUUUUUCCCCCACUGUAGCUCUCCCUGGUCUCCAUAUCUGUUACAGUGAAGUGUGGUCUGUUACUGCUGCAUUGGGAGAGCUGUCUUCUGUCCUACAUGUAUUCAGCAGACCAGCACACCUUUCCCCAUGCCACCAUUUAACACUACAUGUGUGAUACAGUGGUGUGAAUGAGGUUGAAAUGGAUGGGUUUAUUUGCUUUGCAUGUCUAUGCCUCUUGAGCUUUAGUUUGACUGUUUUCAAUGAUCAUGACCUGUUCUAACAAUUCACCUUUUAUUGUAUUGAGUAUAAUUAAUUCAAAAUUAUUCAAGUAGGACAUCUUAUUUGCUGUUUAAACUGUCUGUAAAGUAUGUUGAGUGAGUUUGAGAUUAUUCACUGCCAUCCACCUUUUGAUUCUCAUUUGAAUGACCCAAUCCUCAUUUGCCCGUGUGACCCAGAGCUCUGGCUCUAAACUGCAACGCGUCGGUGAAUGAGAAGGAUGGGGCAGAGGCCAAAGACUGGAAGGCAGGCAAGCCGGUCAGGGUGGUGCGCAGCUCCAAGGGCCGCAAACAUAGCAAGUUCAGCCCCGAAGACGGCAACAGAUACGACGGCAUCUACAAGGUGGGAAAGCACAGGCGCGAUAUGGGCUGUUGAAUCUGAAAUUAAGUACAAUAUGGAAAUACUGUGUAUUAUUACCCCCCUUAGCAAUUCACAAGCCUGCUUCAUUGAUGUCUUGUCCUGUGGUUCCAUGUUGACUGAUAAGAAUGCCCUCCUGUCUUCCAGGUGGUGAAAUACUGGCCAGAGAAGGGCAAGUCCGGCUUCCUGGUCUGGAGGUACCUGCUCAAACGAAACGACGACGAGCCAGCGCCAUGGACCCGGGACGGCAAGGAACGCAUCAAGAAACUGGGACUCACCAUGCAGGUAGAGGCACGGCUCAUCCUGUCAACUGCAGCAAAUGCGACUAUGCCUUUUUUUUUUUUUUUUUUGCUCGUUUUGAUGACUAUCUUUGAAUAUGUUGUAGUAUCCUGAGGGCUAUCUGGAGGCCCAGGCUGCCAAGGAGAAUGAGAAGGAGAACAAGGAGAAGGAAAAUGAAGAGGUGACUGAAACGCCCACCAAAGGGAAGCGGAAGAGGAAGUCUCAGUCUAAUGGUGAGUACUUCUUCAAAGUAGCUGCAGAAUUAGCUUUGCCACACAAAAUACAUUGAUAGCUUUCAGAUUCCCAACAGAAUACAGGUGCAAGUGGUUAUUGAUUGAUUAACUCUAUUCUCACUUUUACAAUCAUGAGUGGUAUUGACCCUGGAGUAAGAUGUAAAUGGGUGUCCAUCUCUCUCCUAACCUUCUGUGUCAAUGUGCUACCUCGCUCUUUUAUAGCUGAAGAGAAGUCGUCACCAGCCAAGGGAACUCCCAAGAAGAUGAAAGUUGAGGCUUAUAAACUGACCAAAGAACAGAAGGCUUGGAUCAAGGGUGACGAGCCCAACAGGAAGCUUUGGGGUGAAGCCAUGGAGUCUCUGGCCCUUGGCCCGGUAAGGAAGUCUUUGCCAGAUUUCACACCAUUGGAAUUCAUUUAUUUACCCAGGUAGUCUCAUUGAGAUAAAAUCUCAUGCUGAUGCAAAGCAAUUGGCUCUUGAUGUGACCAUCUGAUUCUUUUGAUUGUCAUCACUGGUGGUGUACUGAGCAUUGUUGUUAUGUCCAUUGAAGGGCUGAUUUUUAGAAUGCAUUAAGACACGUAAAAUGACUUAGUUUUGCAGCUUCCGAUUUUCCAUGUGAUUCUCCUCACUUACCAUGGGUUUGGAUACUAGGUACUUAACAGUUACUUUUGCUUUUUCAGAAAUUCCUGAACAAAGUCGAGGAGGUCUUCUCAUGUAUAUGCUGCCAAGAAGUGGUCUUUCAACCUAUCACCACCGAGUGCCAACACAAUGUCUGCAGGGUUAGUUGAUCUUUUUUGCUAGCCUCGUAUUCACAUUUUGCCUUUCUGUCCAAUUUGAGAGCAAGAAAAAUGGAGUGAGAGAUUGAAAGUUGCACUUUUCCUUUAUUUCCUUUUUUUAUAGGAAUGCCUUCAGCGGUCUUUCAAGGCAGAGGUGUACUCAUGCCCGGCAUGCAGGCACGAUCUGGGGAAAAACAACCCAAUGACUGUCAACAAACCCCUCCAAGCCAUUCUCAACCAGUUCUUCCCAGGAUACAGCAGUGGA